AUGCACGAUUCUAUGGACCUGGACAACACAUCCGACGAACGUUUGGACAACGAUGAUCAUCAAAAAAAUAGGGACAGAGAGUUGCGCGGGAAACGCAAAAACUCCUGCAACCGAUACGAGUUGAUUAAAAAUACUCAAUUGUUGAAAGUACGAAUAGCUAAGUGGCUGAUCGAAGAUCUAGAAAAUAAUGGGCCCGCAGGACUUCCACACAUGGAGGCGUUAUCGAGUAUAAUAGGUAAACCCAUCAGAGUUUGGAAAGCCGACGGUGAAUUUUAUCAAACGAUAAAUGAAAAUAAAAAUGAGAUAUCCAUAGACGUGGAAUACCAUCAUUUAGGAGAAAAUUGUAUAGGUCACUGGACCUUAAAAGGUAAUAGAGAACCCGUUAACGUGGAAACGAAUUUAAACGGGUGCCUGUUCCGAGCGAUUGCCGCUCAAACCAAAAUUGGCGCCACAAACUUGAGAGACGCCACUUCAAAAUAUUUAAAACGCAACAUUGACACUUUUACCGACCGAAUCGAUGAAUUUUUAUCGGCGAACGAUAAAAACGGAAUAUCGCCGAUGAUUGGUGGCGCUCGAUACAAUGGUAGAUCGCCAAAAGCCGCAGGCAUCGUUUUAGACAAAUCUCAAAAUGGUUAUUCUCAGACCGGCCAGAAGGGACACCCGAGAGGACACGCGUCGGAUAAAAAUGCUACAGGCCCGACAGACAGCGUCGAGAAUUAUUCUCGGCUGUCGUCGUCUAUGAAAUCUGGAUUCUUAAGUAAGAAUCAUCAGAACAUCGUGGCUGAUUUUGCUCUGAGACACUAUCUGUCGAAAGAAGCAAUGAAAAAUUUGAAUCGCGGCGCAACGAACGAAGCGGUAACGAUUAACGCGCGUGACUUUCAACGUGACGGUUUAAAUUUAAACUCGAUAAAAAUGAAAGAGUGGUAUGCGGGAGAAGAAUAUUCCGGUAAACUUGAUAUUGCUCGAGUUACGCUGGUGUUACGACAUCACAAGGGAAAGCAUAAUGACCCAGACGAGGAUGUGUUCGUGCACACAUUCUAUCCAAGGAGUUCGUAA